AUGGCUGCUUUUCUCCAAAUAAACACAAAUAGAAGUAGGGAGGCCCAGGCUCUGGCCUUCCACACAAUGAAAGUUAAGGAAGCGGAUGUUCUGUGCAUCAGCGAACCUAAUCACAUACCUGAUCACCUAGGCUGGGUAGGAAGUACGGAUAGGAAAUGCGCCCUUUUCUUCCAGCAAAAUCAGUACGUACUGAGAACCGGCUCAGGCGCAGGGUACGCAUGGGCUGACUUGAAGGAUAUCAGAAUAUACAGCUGCUAUAUUUCACCGAACUGCACGUUUAACGAAUUUGACGUCUUCCUAUAUAGGCUAUUCGGUAGCGUCAGAGGAGCUACAUCAGAGGUGAUAGUGGCUGGGGAUUUUAAUGCCCAUUCACCAGCUUGGGGAUCACACAAAACCGAUCCAAGAGGGGAUGCCCUUUUGGAAUUUGCCGAGUCUUUAAACCUUGUUUUGCUUAACGAUGGCAAAGUGCCGACUUUUCCACGUGCGAACUCAUUCCUUGAUCUGACCUUGGUGACAAAGGGAAUUAUGAGGAAGAUUGGUUCCUGGGGGGUAUUAGAGGAUGAGUCUUUGAGUGAUCACCAAUAUGUAUUCUUCAAUACAAGGAUGCCAGUGAGCAGUGUACAAACCGAAAAGAACGGAUGGUCCUGGAGGAAGUUGGAUACAGACAGACUGGACAAGUUCAUUGCGGAGGCAAUAACACCAUUGUCGAUGACUGCGGAAGCCAGCUCCACUGUGCUAUCCGAACUCUUGAGGAACGCAUGUAAUGCCAAAAGGUUCAUACAAAUGGGGGAAGAAGCCAUGCCACUGGUGGUCACAAACCAUUGCGGAACUCCGGAAGGAAUGCUCACGCCUGCCUACGAACAAGGCGCCAGGACCGGAUGGAGUACCAGAUGUGAUUUUGAAGCGAAUAAUCGAGAGGAAGCCAAAGCUUCUACUGGGAACACUCAACAUGUGCCUUGUGCAGGGGCACUUCCCGAACCCAUGGAAGGAGGCCAAGCUUGUUCUUCUCCUAAAAGGGAGAUUGGAGAUACAUUUGGACCAGAUUUGUGGGAUUAG